UCCAUUUCACAUUAUAUGUACUAGUUGAAAUGACAAAAACAGCAUAGAACAUGAAUAAAAUCAGAAGAACCACCCACAUGAAACUGAACCCCUCUGAAUGGGGUAAAUUCCCACCCCCUACAGUAGGGUCAGAUAUUUUCUGGUCUACCAUCAUCACAGGAUGAAAACUUCACUCUGAGAAUCAACAGCUACUGAAGAUGCAUCUCUUGUUCUUUGUGCUGUUAGAGCUGUACACACUGAGCCAUGUGCAUGCCUUCCGUGAUGGAGCUAUAGCACCAGCGUGUGACAGUAUGAUACCGACUCACCCAUCCAACGUGCCUCAGAGCACCAUAGCACCGUACAGAGUCAGAGCGGACCGCAGGACGUACAGACCUGGAGACAUGAUCAGAGUGACUCUGGAGUCAGUGAACAACACAGAUUUCGAGGGCUUCAUGCUGCAAGCUCGGACAACAUCGAGCCACAGCGCCGUGGGCUAUUUCAUGCCAGGAAACACCAGUCUGGCCCGACUGCACAACUGUUUCAACACUGAGAGUUCCACCAUCAGCCACUCUGCAGCAAAUGAAAUGACAAAGAUCGAGGUCAUGUGGGUCGCCCCUCUUACAUCUGCUCAGGACAAUAUUAUGUUCUGUGCAACAUUUGUGAAGAACUAUGCUGAGUUCUGGACCAUGGUGAGCAGCAACACUAUCCUGCUGUCCAGCAGUCCUGCUCCAGCUGUGAACCUUCUGAUGCUGGCUUUCUGCAACCUGAUCCCAGUGAUUGGACUCUUCAGAUCUUCAUCUUCAUCAUAA